GAAGGUAUUAGAAAAGCAAGGGCAAUAAAUUGCAAUGCCAACUUGGCAGUGUAACAUAUUCCACAAAUUGCAGAAUAAAAUAGGGUCCGUUUUCUGUUUCUGAUAAUGACACUUGACAUUUGCACAGCAUAUUUUAGUUCAUAAGCUCCCAGAGUUCAGCUAAUUCUGGGAGUUAGGAGAGCAGUUACAUGCAGCGGGUUCUCCCCAUUACAAGUGCUCUUGUGUACGUUAUCUUAUAAAACCCUUCGAGCUGCUCAGGUCACUUGAUGACGUGGGGCCGGGACACACAUCUUUCCACGGCACCACCUGCCUUCCAUGCCUUCUCAUCCCUUGCCCCACCAGUGGCUUCUCUUCCUCCCAUCAUCCUGCUGUUGCUGACCUGUUUGCCUUCAUCGAUUCCUAAGCUGCCGAAGUAAAUCCAAAGCAAGCAAUGGAAACGUCAAUUCGUGAUUUCUGAGGAGCAUUUAAAAACAGUCUCUUGGGAGAAACUCCUUGAGGUGCCCAGGCUGAGACUGGGGGGUAAUGACACUGUGAGCUCUGGAUGGUGUGAGACCCCUCCCCACCCCCAGAGCCAAACAAUGGCUACAGCCUUGGAGCCGGAGGACCAGGAUCUCUGGGAAGAAGAGGGAAUCCUGAUGGUGAAAUUGGAAGAUGAUUUCACCUGUAGGCCAGAGUCUGUCUUACAGAGAGAUGACCCUGUGCUUGAGACCUCACACCAGAACUUCCGGCGCUUUCGCUACCAGGAAGCAGCGAGCCCUCGAGAGGCCCUCGUUCGGCUGCGAGAACUUUGCCAUCAGUGGCUGAGGCCCGAAAGGCGGACGAAGGAGCAGAUCUUAGAGCUGCUGGUGCUGGAGCAGUUCCUCACUGUCCUGCCUGGAGAGCUGCAGAGCUGGGUGCGGGGCCAGCGGCCAGAGAGUGGCGAGGAGGCUGUGACGCUGGUGGAGGGUUUGCAGAAACAACCCAGGAGACCAAGGCGGUGGGUGACUGUCCACGUUCAUGGGCAGGAAGUCCUGUCAGAGGAGACAGUGCACCCAGGAGCAGAGCCUGAAUCGCCUAGUGAGCUGCAGCAUGUCGCGCCGACCUCAACUCCUGAGGAGUCCCAGGAGGAGACCACACAGAGCCCGGAGCUGGGGCUGCCAGAGGAGCCAAGCCUGUGCCAUGAAUUGGAGUUCCAGCCCCUGCAGCAGAGCGAGGUUCCAGUGUCCCAGGCCCCAGGCCUUCCUGAAGAGAGGAGCUCUGGAAACCCAGACAUGGUUGCCCUUCUUACUGCUCUUUCACAGGGAUUGGUAACUUUCAAGGACGUGGCUGUGUGCUUCUCCCAGGACCAGUGGAGCGAUAUGGAUCCAACACAGAAAGAGUUCUAUGGAGAAUAUGUCUUGGAAGAAGACUGCGGAAUUGUGGUCUCUUUGUCAUUUCCAAUCCCCAGACUAGAUGAGAUCUCCCACGUUAGAGAGGAAGAGCCUUUGGUCCCAGAUAUCCCAGAGCCUCAAGAGCCUCAAGAGCCAGAAAUCCUGAGUUUUACCUACACAGGAGACAGGAGCGAAGAUGAAGAAGAGUACCUUGAGCAAGAAGAUGUAAGUUUGGAGGAUCUACACACAUCUAUUUUGGGAGACCCAGAAAUCCACCAGACUCCAGACUGGGAAAUAGUCUUUGAGGAUGAUCCAGGUAGACUUAACGAAAGACAAUUUGGUACAAAUAUCUCUCAAGUCAAUAGUUUAUCGAAUCUUCAGGAAACCAUGCCUAUCUACCCCCUGUUAGGGAGACACCAUGACUGUCCCGUAUGUGGAAAAAGUUUCACUUGUAACUCCCACCUCGUUAGACACCUGAGAACUCACACAGGAGAGAAACCAUAUAAAUGUAUGGAGUGUGGAAAAAGUUACACGCGGAGCUCACAUCUUGCCAGGCACCAGAAGGUUCACAAAAUGGGCACUUCUUAUAAAUUUCCCCUAAACCAGAAGAAUUUGGAUGAGACCUCCCCUCUGGUCCAGGCUGAGAGAACUCCACCGGUUGAGAAACCCUUUAGAUGUGACGAUUGUGGAAAACGCUUCCGCUGGACUUCGGACCUUGUCCGGCACCAGAGGACACACACAGGGGAGAAACCCUUCUUUUGUACUAUUUGUGGCAAGAGCUUCAGCCAGAAAUCUGUGCUGACAACACACCAAAGAAUCCACCUUGGAGGCAAACCCUACCUGUGUGGAGAGUGUGGAGAGGACUUCAGUGACCACAGGCGGUACCUGGCGCACCGGAAGACCCACGCGGCCGAGGAGCUCUACCUCUGUAGCGAGUGUGGGCGGUGCUUCAACCACAGUGCCGCGUUUGCCAAGCACCUCAGGGGACAUGCCUCGGUGAGGCCCUGCCGGUGCAACGAAUGUGGGAAAAGUUUCAGUCGGAGGGACCACCUUGUCCGGCAUCAGAGAACACACACUGGCGAGAAACCCUUCACGUGCCCUACCUGUGGAAAAAGCUUCAGCAGGGGCUAUCACCUAAUCAGGCAUCAGAGGACCCACUCAGAAAAGACCUCCUAGCCCGGUUCCCAUGGGAGGAGAUGUGCAUUCAGCCCUUCCCUGGGAUGGGCGAGGAGAAGCCCUCUCGUCUGCUCGGGAAGACCUUUUCCGGGGCGUCUCCCUGAAGACCUAGGUCACCUCUUCCCACAGCUGAAUCAAAUCCCCCUGGGCAGAACCUGUCAACCUUCUUCUAUACCUGGAAGAAAGUUUUUGCCCAAAGUACAACUUGGGUGGAAGCAUCUCCUUGACUGGAGGCUCCUGCCUCUACCUCAUGGGUAUGAAGUAGGAGAUUUAAAAGACUUAAGAGGUCGUGGCCAUUCUGUUUCACCCAAAAUAGGCUGCUGCAUAUCCUAAAGACUGCUUAACAGCCUCGAGUGUAAAGUUGCCCAGGACAGCCCUUUAGGUUUGGCAAGGGACCAGCCUCUAGGAUUCUGUCCUAACUGGGUUCAACUCUUAAAAGCACACAGCCCGGAACUCCAGGCAGGAGAUUUGCAUCCUGACGGCUCAGCCACACACUCACAGGAUGACUGUAGAAAUCUCUCACUGGUCCACUCCUUCACCAUGCACUUUCCUUCGAUCCUGGGGAGAGAUGGGCGAAGUGUUUGAUGGGGGGAAACCUCGAGGCUGCAGCAUGUGGACCUUGUCAGGCUGCUCCCUUCCCCAGUGCCAAAACGGUGCCAGGUGCCAGACCCUGCUAGAAAAGAGGACCGAGUCAGAAGCCUCUUUCCUUAUGGGGUGUUUUCCUGUUACGAUUCUCAUGCCCAGCCUUCCUACUGUUCUACCAGCCUCUUGGUUUUGCCCCUAGCACUUCUGCUAACAAGUGAGAUGUAACAGUUGGGUGCUGGGGGAUUCUGUAAAGCAUAAUUAAAUCAUGAAAUCAUUUACAUUCCCACCUGUGUACAAGCCCACCCAUCCUGCCCUCUGUGGGUUUGUGAAGGGAUUUUUGGAACAGUUGUCAGCUUACAUAGAUACUAUAAUAAUUCUAGAAUCCUGAUUGACUGAGUCCCUUCAUUUACAUGAAGAAAACAUGAAGAUCUGAGACCAAAUUAUGGGAAAAAAGUUUUUUUAAAAGCUGUUGCUGUUGGCUAAGGCCAUCAAGACUAUUCUGACACCCUGGCCCCUAUUCUCCCUGCCUUGGUUCUCUGAUCAGGGAACAUUAUGAACCCCAGCACCUGGGACCCUGAAGAAACUACCAGGAGUAAAUGGCUUUCAUGUA